AUGCGCGAGGACGUUACCAUCACGAAGGAUGUGCUGCACGAAAUGCCAAACUGGACUCACAGCAGUGAAAUAAUCAACAACAAUAAUCCAACAGUUUAUAUAGACGAUACUUAUAAAAUCGACUUACGCAAAACUGAGCCACGCAUUGUGUUUUUAAACCAGUUGAGUGAAGCAUCAGCGAAUGGCUCUUUGGCCGAAGAAAUCAUGUUUAUCGUCUGCCCCGAGCUGAUCGUCAGUCGCUUCGUGAUGGCGAUAGUGGGUUUGGACCGUUUGGACGAGUUCCUGAGCGUCAAGGGUGUGCACGUUCACUCGGUCUACGAGGGCACCGCCAAGUCCUUCAAGUGCAUCCGUGCCCCUCCUUCUAUUAGCAUCGUGAGCACGUUCCAGGUCGCACUGAUCGCAGCUUCCGACUUUUCUAAAGACGAACUCAGUCAGUACAGUAAGGAUUCGGUUGAAGAAGAACUCAACAAAGCUUUGGUCGCCUUCCGUGCGUGCGGCGAAAAGAAGGAUGUUGUUCUCUCUGGAAAUUGGGGAGGAGCCAACCUCAAGGGAGAUCCCAUUUUGAAAGCAAGAAUCCAAAUGAUCGCGGCUGCCAAAGCAGACAGGAGAGUCCAUUACUACACGUUCAAAGAACCUGGAUUGGCAGAUAAACUCAAUUCGCCAUUGAACAUGCCAGUGAUGAAUCCCACCACUGGACUACAUGACAGUCUGAAGACUUAA